AUGAAGCAGAGAAAAUCCAGCUCGACCCCGUUGAUCCUGGCAGCUGGAGCCUCCAAUCUGGAGGUUGUUAAAAUGCUUCUCAAGGCCGGCUGUAGCUGCAACGAGCGCGACGAGACCCAACAGACCGUUCUCCAGAGGGCUGCGUCUCUGGAAAAUUUGACUAUCGUAGAGGAGCUCCUCGAUCGUGGAGCCGAUAUCAAUGCUGUCCGAGACGACGGGGCUACAGCACUCAGUCUGGCAUUAGAAGCGGGGAAUCUCGAAGUAAUUUGGGCUUUGCUC